AUGGCGGAGAAGCAGGGCCGGGAGCCGGAGUGCCCUGUGUGCUGGAACCCCUUCAACAACACGUUCCACACCCCCAAAGUGCUGGACUGCUGCCACUCCUUCUGCCUGGAAUGCCUGGCCCACCUCAGCCUGGUGACUCCGGCCCGGCGCCGGCUGCUGUGUCCGCUCUGUCGCCAGCCCACUGUGCUGGCCUCUGGACAGCCUGUCACUGACUUGCCCACAGACACUGCCGUGCUCACCCUGCUCCACCUGGAGCCCCACCACAUCAUCUUGGAAGGCCGCCAGCUCUGUCUCAAAGAUGAGCCCAAGAGCCGCUGCUUCCUGCGCCAGCCCUGGGCCUACACGCUGGAACUCGGCCCCGGGCCUGGGAGCCAGACUGGGCCCCCCCGGGACGUGGCCCCUACCACCAGCCCCAGCCCCAUCCCCAGCCCCAACCACGACUCUCUGAGGGGGUGUUUCCGCAACCCGCAGUUCCGGAUCUUUGCCUACCUGCUGGCUGUCAUCCUCAGCAUCACUCUGUUGCUCAUCUUCUCCAUCUUCUGGACCAAGCAGUUUUUUGGGGGUGUGGGGUGA